CAUCCCAAGUACCGCGAUAUUUCACCACAUGAAAGUCCUAAAGUAUCGCGAGACUAACAUCCAGUCCUUUGCCUGCUGAAUCCAGCUGGUAUCCUGCCUGGCGUUAACGGCUCUGUUGCAGUUGAGAUAAGAGCCACCGGUCAUCAUGGGGAACAUCUUUGGGAACCUGUUGAAAAGCCUCAUAGGCAAAAAAGAAAUGAGGAUCCUCAUGGUGGGGCUGGACGCUGCAGGGAAAACAACCAUCCUGUACAAGCUGAAGCUGGGGGAGAUCGUCACCACCAUCCCCACAAUCGGUUUCAACGUGGAGACGGUGGAAUAUAAGAACAUCAGCUUCACCGUGUGGGACGUGGGCGGCCAGGACAAGAUCCGUCCCCUUUGGAGACACUACUUCCAGAACACACAAGGGUUGAUCUUUGUGGUGGACAGCAAUGACCGUGAGAGAGUCAACGAGGCUCGUGAAGAGCUGAUGAGGAUGUUGGCUGAAGACGAGCUCCGGGAUGCUGUUCUUCUCGUCUUCGCCAACAAACAGGAUCUGCCCAACGCCAUGAAUGCUGCAGAGAUCACAGACAAGCUGGGCCUGCACUCCUUACGUCACCGCAACUGGUACAUUCAGGCCACCUGUGCCACCAGUGGGGACGGCCUCUACGAAGGCUUGGAUUGGCUGGCCAAUCAGCUGAAGAACAAAAAGUGAAGAGACCAUUCAAAACAAAAGGGGAGGAGCCUGGGUGGCAGCUUCAGGUAGUGGGUGGGGUUUACAUCUAAAAAGGAAAGGCUGAAAAACUCACAGGGCAUGACUCUCAGUGGCUUUCUACCCCAGAGUAUUUAAUUUCUUAUUUCUGAACUUUUAUUCCUUUGAUUAGCUCUGAUCUAUAGUGAAACUUUUCAAUAGAUGGUGGCAAAGUUGACAAAAAUAUUUGACACUUUUCAAACAGAAUGCAGAAAUAUCGGCACUGAAUAAUGUAUAGUAAUAACGUUACUGUAGAGGUCUCUUUCUUUGCAGUCUGUGAUCUCCAUGAAACAUUUAUUGUGCUCAGAAAAUGUGACGACUCUCUGAUGGCAGACCAGCCUUUCUGUUAAACUCUAUAAAUGGGGUGUAAAUGAUUAAGAAUGUCGUAAAUUUAUAGGAGGAACUGUAUUAAUAUGUUAGAACACUAUAUGAAAAGUUUAAAUGCAGUAUGCGCCUAAAGACUUAGAGAAAUGUAAUGUCAUAUUUUACUGUCCAAAAAAAGGAUUUUACUGCCACGGAUAUACACUCUUCUAUUUGGUUUCAUUUAAAGACAUUUUCAUUUAUUUAUUUUUAAAAGACAAAAAAUGAGUAUAAGGGACAGUCGUUGUCAGUAUGAUUUAUUUUAUUGAUUAAUUUCUGAUUUAAGUGAAUAUUAUUAUUUAUUUCCCUUUAUUGUAAAGAGUAUUUUAUUUUGUCAAAGCAGUUGAUUUAAAGAAAAAAAAAGAAAAAUGAAGAGCCCUAACAUAACUGUACAUUAUACCACAUCCAAAUCUGCAUGCAGGUGAUUCCAGUUCUGGCCUGAGGGCUUGUGAAGCUGCAGACUGCUGCAGGCCGAUGUAAAUAAAGAUUUGUUCUCAGUCGUUUCAGCCCGCUCAGUGAGGAUUAAUGAUUCGCUAGCCUCGGCGAGGUGUGAAAUCUGAAGUGAUGCAAAUGACAGAACAGGCACUCCGUACCAGCUUCAGUGGCUUAGACAAAAUGCUGCUAUCCGGCCCGCUCUGCGGAGAGUUCUGCAGCACAGCAUGCGAUUGGCGAUAUCAGAGCUUACCUGGUUUAUGAAUGUUUAUUUGUUUUAAUUGUUUGUUUUUUUUUUGCUUUUUUUGCUGCUGUGUGUUUUGUCAAACAAUCUCGCAUUGCUUCUCCUCUGGGUUUUUCUAACUGACAUUACACAUGCGCUGCUUCUUAUUUUUUCUUAAACCAAAAGCUGUUUGUGUCACGUUUCGCGGUAUUGUUCCACAAAAUGUACUGUCUUCAUGCAGUGUUUCUUCAUUUUUGUUGACUUUAGUGUCGUUUUAGCCUCACCCGCUAACUAGAUUUGGAGUUUUCACUCACAAUUGGAAAACAGGACGAGGGCAAUCAUAACAAGGCAUGUUGAUACUGUACAAGAUGUGUAAUUAAAGUGAGUUAUACCGUAACAGCCUCUUUCCCUCAGACUAUAUUUGUUAGUCAGAAUUUCUGCUGCUGGUUGGAUCAAUGCUGUAACUAAUAAAUGUCAUGGAUUUUGUGUAAAGUUUACCGAACAACCUUCUAAUAUGCAAAUAAGCAUGCUUUUCUAUGUCAGCACCUGUAUAUAAGUGUAGGUUUAUUAUGUAACAGGAUGGUGAAACGGACAGUGCUGUCAUUACACCUGUAGAUAGUGGGGUCAGUGUGUUGGCAGAUGACUGACAACAGCUUGUGCGUGAGAGUGUGUCGUGUUAUCUAUCAUGUUCAGUUUGGUGUGAAGAUUAUUAUUUUUGUGGCCUUAAUUUGUCUGUGGUUAUUUUUCUGAUUGAUAACAGGUUUCUAUGUAGGAAUGUCCAACAUUCAAGUCAUUCACUUAUACAGUCUGUGACGACGUUGUGGCUAAACAUCAGAGAUUUUUCAUUGCAGACUUUUAACGUGAGUCAAACGAGGCUCAGCAUUCCCUAUGACGUGUUUCCAGGUGAUAGAAGAAUAUUUAAAACCAGUGAAUCAUAUGGAUUGUAGGAAAUGAAAAAAACGACAACAUGAAGGAGUGUUGAAUGGUAUGAUAAUAUCUGGCUUUUCAGUGAUCAAUAAAAGACCAAAAACAAAACUUA